AUGAAGUCUUUUCUCUCCCUGGCUCUCCUGCCUCUGGCUGUUAUAGCCGCCGAUAUAUCCAGCGACUCUACUGCUGAUUACGCCUCCAGCGCCAAGUGUCGCUGUCUACCAGGCGACGCUUGCUGGCCGUCCAAUAGUGCGUGGGCCAAGCUUAACACCACCGUUAGUGGCGCCCUCAUCAAGACGGUGCCCAUUGGCUCACCUUGCCAUGAUCCCACCUACGAUGAAGCCGCCUGCGCAGCCCUACAGGACUCGUGGACGCUUGUCGAGACUCAUAUAGAGUCCUCGUCUUCGAUAAUGCAGCAGUUCUUCGCCAAUCAGAGCUGUGACCCAUUCUUGGCUCAGGAACGGCCUUGCACUCUCGGAAACUACGUCAACUACGCGGUCAAGGCUACCAACGCCAAGCAGGUAGCUGCUGCGGUGCAGUUCGCCAAUGCCAACAAUAUCCGUCUCGUCAUCCGCAACACUGCACACGACUACUUUGGUCGCUCUACUGGCGCUGGCUCCCUCGCUAUCUGGACCCAUCACAUGAAGAGUGCAGAGGUUGUCCAAUGGGCUGACAAGCUCUACACUGGUCCUGCGUUUAAGCUUGGUGCUGGUAUCCAGGGUGCCGACUCUGUUGAGUUCGCCGCUUCCAAGGGCCUCACCAGUGUCCCUGGCGAGUGUCCUACUGUUGGCCUUGCUGGCUUCACUCUUGGCGGUGGUCACUCUCCUCUCAGCACCAGCUUCGGUCUUGGCGCGGACAACACCCUCGAGUUUGAAGUUGUCACUGCGGCCGGCCGAGUUGUCCGAGCCUCGCCCAACGAGAACAGUGAUCUCUACUGGGCGUUGAGUGGUGGCGGUGCUGGAAACUUUGCUGUUGUUACUUCCAUGACUGUUCGAGCUCACAAGACUACUACCAUCGGUGGUGCCACUCUUGGCCUUGGUGUUGGCACUGAUAAGGAGGCCUUCUAUGCUGCUAUUACCAAGUUCCACGAGCUUCUGCCUGCUAUGAUUGACCAGGGCCCUACUGUUGUCUACCUCCUUACCGCUGCUGGUCUUUCUAUCAAGCCUGUCACUCUGGCCAACUCAACUGGCGACUUCGUCCGUGACAACGUUCUCGCUCCUUUCACCGACUACCUUACCAAGAACGGUCUUAAGUUCAGCGUGUCCUACACCACAUUGAGCUUCCGUGACCACUACGAGUUGUACAACGGCCCUCUUCCCCUCGGCCACAUCGAGGCCUCUCAGUUCCAGUACGGCGGCCGUCUCAUCCCUCGCUCGGUCCUCGAGAACAACAACGUCGAGUUCAACAAGGUCAUCCGCAACCUGACAUCCAGCGGCCUCGUCCUCGCCGGCAGCAGCGGAAAGUUCGCCAGCUACCCUGGCAUCUCUAACGCUGUGCACCCAGCCUGGCGCAAGGCCAUCAUGUCCAUGCAGAUGGGCACCCUCUGGGACUCCACUCGCUGGAGCGACAUGCUUGCUGACCAGAAGAAGAUCACCGAGGUGUACAUGCCUCAGAUCAUCGCUGUCACACCAGGAAGCGGUACUUACAUGAACGAGGCCGACUUCAAUCAGCCAAACUGGCAGGAUGUGUUUUACAGCACCAACUGGAACCGUCUUCUGUCUAUCAAGAAGAAGUGGGACCCCAAGUCUCUGCUGUACAACCAUAAGGGUGUUGGCAGUGAGGUUUGGAAGGUUGCUAACGACGGCCGCAUGUGCAAGGCUUAG